GCAUAUGUGUUUGAGCUUAGUGGUACGUUGGAGGUGCUGAGCCGGGCCUGGACAGAGCCUCUACAGCAUGUCAAAAAGGAGACGCAAUGGAUCCCGUGGCCAGCAGGCUUAUGGUCAGCAGAAACGCAGACCUCUGGCUGCCAAGAGUCUAAGGGAACCAGCAAUCUUUGCUAAAGGUUCAAGCACUGAUUCUGAAGUCCCCCAUGAUAAAGUGACUUUAACCCAAGCCCGGCGUGGCACUCCUUCUCACCGGCCUGUGAGGGUCUAUGCUGAUGGAAUUUUUGACCUCUUCCACUCUGGCCAUGCCCGUGCCCUUAUGCAAGCCAAGAAUCUGUUCCCAAACACAUGCUUGAUUGUUGGAGUUUGCAGUGACAAGCUGACGCACAAGUAUAAAGGCUACACAGUAAUGACUGAAACCGAGCGUUACGAAGCUCUUAUACACUGCCGCUACGUAGACGAGGUGGUCUGUGAUGCCCCGUGGACCAUUACACCUGAGUUCCUGAAGAAACACAGGAUUGACUUUGUGGCCCAUGAUGAUAUCCCAUACACUUCUGCAGGAUCAGAAGAUGUGUAUAAACAUAUCAAAUCAGCAGGAAUGUUUGUAGCAACACAAAGGACAGAAGGCAUUUCUACCUCAGACCUCAUCACACGCAUCGUCCGUGACUAUGAUGUCUAUGUGCGAAGAAACCUGCAAAGAGGCUACACAGCCCGAGAACUGAAUGUUGGUUUUAUCAACGAGAACAAGUAUCGCCUUCAGAACCAGGUGGAUAAAAUGAAAGAGACGGUGAGAACAGUGGAAGAGAAGUCUAAACAUUUAGUACACCGCGUGGAAGAGAAAAGCCACGACCUCAUACUGAAAUGGGAAGAGAAAUCCCGAGAGUUUAUUGGAAACUUCCUGGAGCUCUUUGGCCCUGAUGGACCAUGGCAUAUGAUCCAGGAGCGGAGCGGGCGUGUGCUGCAGGCUCUGUCUCCAUACCCGUCGCCCCACACCUCGCCCAGCAGCAGUCCCACAAGAGGACGCUCUCUCUCACCUCCGGCUCUCUGAACCCUACCACACCAUUGCACCUCCUUCAGCUAAAACAGGCUAUCGCAGCAGCAGACAGGGAAAGUGAUGAGCAAAUUUCAAAUCCACCAUCCUACACAACUCACAUACUCAAGAACUGAAACACACACAUACUUACCAAACCUGUCAAAGUCUGUCUGCUGAAUUCCACAGCUACAUUCACUAGCUGAUUAUAAAGUACAGCACUGUAUGUACAUGUCAUAUUAAAGUUAUACACAUUAUAUUUUCCAUAUUUCAAUCUAUUUGAUCUGUAUUUCCUGAUUUUCUCAGAGAUGCCAUAGGGUCAUUCCAUUUCAAGUGAUCCAAACACAGGUUGCUUAACUGUUUUAAAAUGUUCUACAGUUUUUGAGUGUAUUACCUCUAUGUGUUGCCAUUGCAAAAUCACCAGUUUCUUUUAUUUUUUUCCCAAUUAUUUUACUUGGUUUAACUAUGACGGCCAUCUUUAUGUCAUGGAACACAAUAAAUUUUGGUUAUA